AUGACCAAGUCUGCCACUGAAUUCCUCAAGGUUGAGGGCAAAAACAUCGUCGUCGAUGGCAAACCCAUUAUCCUAAAGGGCGCCGGUUUGGGCGGAUGGAUGAACAUGGAGAACUUCAUCACUGGAUACCCUGGCCACGAGUACCAGGUCCGCGCUGCUCUCAAAAAGGUGCUUGGACAGGAAAAGUACGAGUACUUUUUCGACAAGUUCCUCGAGUACUUCUUCACCGAGGAGGAUGCCAAGUUCUUCGCUUCGCUUGGGCUCAAUUGCAUUCGCCUCCCCGUCAACUACCGCCACUUUGAAGACGACAUGAACCCCCGUGUCUUCAAGAAGGAGGGGCUGAAGCAUCUUGACCGCGUCAUUGACCUCUGCUCCAAGUAUGGCAUCUACACUGUCAUUGACUUGCAUGCUGCUCCCGGUGGGCAGAACGUUGACUGGCACUCGGACACUGGAAACAACCAGGCUCUUUUCUGGGUUCACAAGGACUUUCAAGACCGCACCAUCCUCAUUUGGGAGGAGCUCGCUCGUCACUACAAAGACAACACCUGGGUUGCUGGUUACAACCCCCUGAACGAACCUACCGACGAGGAGCACGUACGCCUCCUGGACUUUUACGUUCGCGUUGAAAAGGCCAUUCGUGCCAUUGACCCCGACCACAUUCUCUUCCUCGACGGUAACACCUUCGGUGCCGACUUUAGCCACUUUGGCGAGCCCCUCCCCAACUCGGUGUACGCAUGCCACGACUAUUCGAGCUAUGGGUUCCCCAACCCCCCCGAGCCUUUCACAGGCACUCCAGAGCAGAUUGCCUAUCACGAGAAGCAGUUUGCACGCAAGUGCGACUAUAUGGCAAAGAUCGCAGGGCCCAUCUGGAACGGCGAGUUCGGUCCAGUGUACCAGCAGGCCACGGACGGCAUUCCUAACUGGGAGAAGAUCAACGAGGAGCGCUACGCUGUCCUCAAGACCCAGCUCUCAAUCUAUGCCCGCUCCAACGCGUCGUGGUCCAUCUGGCUGUACAAGGACAUUGGUUUCCAGGGCAUGACCUAUGUCAGUGAAGACACUGCCUACAUGAAGCUGCUAGCCCCGUUCCUCCAAAAGAAACGAGAGGUUGCUGCCGACUCUUGGGGUUGCGACAUUACGCCCGUCAAAAAGGUGUUUGAGCCCUUCGUCGAGUGGCUUAGUAAGGCCGCGCCAUCCACGGACCAGCGUUAUCCGCCCAUGUGGAAGACGGACAAGCACCUUGGCCGUAUCGUUCGCAACUGCCUCAUGUCCGAGGAGCUGUGCGCCGAGUACGCGUCCUACUUUGAGGGAAAGACCGAGGCCGAGCUUGAUGAGCUUGCCAAAAGCUUUUCGUACGAAAACUGCAAGCAACGUGUCACGCUCAACGAGAUUUUGCAGGAGGACGGACGCAGGGCGUUGGUUUGA